AUGGCGCGUCGCCGAUCGAGUUCUGAGGUCGACGAAGAUGAGAGCGGCGAAGAGAGUUAUGUCUCACAAUCACAGAGAAAUGCGAAGCGUCCCAGGACCGACUACGACGUGUCCGAGGUGUCCGACGAUCCUGUUCUGCCAGAAAGUUACCGCUCACAACCUCGUCAUAGAGGCAGCAGCAGUGACGACCUUGCGCCGCUAAAGCAUCAGCCUGGAUCGAUCGUCCGUGUCACGCUCACCAACUUCGUGACGUACACGUCCGCCGAAUUCCAGCUUGGCCCCAGUCUGAACAUGAUCAUUGGCCCUAACGGCACUGGCAAGAGUACGCUGGUCUGCGCAAUUUGUCUGGGCCUUGGCUGGGGCCCGCAACAUCUGGGGCGCGCGAAGGAACUAGGAGAGUUCGUGAAGCAUGGCGCACGCGAAGCCGAGAUUGAGAUUGAACUUUGUGGGGGACCACAGACUCGGGGCAGGAAUCCCGUCAUUCGCCGUCUGAUCCGCAAGGAGGGGAACAAAUCAACCUUCAUACUCAACGGCCAACAGACCACGCACAAGGAAAUCAUUCGGCUUUGCAAGUCCUUCUCCAUCCAGAUCGAUAACUUGUGCCAGUUUCUUCCGCAAGACCGUGUGGUCGAAUUUGCUGCGCUUAACCCGGUCCAGUUGCUAGAGCAGACGCAGCGCGCGGCAGCACCCGACUACAUGAACGAGUGGCAUGAGCAGUUGAAGGAUUUGAGGAAGGAGCAAAAGGCCAUGGUUGAUAGGCACAGUCAACAACAAGAGGUCCUCAGAGAUCUACAAAACAGACACAAUCUGCAGAGAGCCGACGUGGAACGAAUGCAAGAACGCGAGGCUCUGAACGAUAAGCUCCACGCAUAUCAACGACUGCGUCCUUUUGUUCACUACCGAACGGCAAAAGAGCGAUUUGAUACUGCUAAACAAGCGGUUAUUGAGGCGAAAGCGGAGCUCAGGGACCUCCAGCGAAGAGAGCAGCCGACCCUGGAUGUGCUUGAAAGGAAGCGGGAGUAUCGCGAUCAAGUUGACCAAGUUGUCAAACAGCGCGGGAAGCUGGUCCAGCGAAUGGAGCGUGAAGCUGAAACACUCCGUCAGCGCAUGGAAAAUACGCAAACCGAGAUCGAUGACAGAGAUAAAGCAAGGAAUGCUGAAAAGAACGCCAACAAAGAAAGGGCGCGUCAGCGUGAUUCCAUCAGGCGCGAAAUAAUCGCUAUUUCAGAGAGGAUGAAGGAGCCACCGCCUCCGUUCGACGCCGCGGCGUUCAACGAGAGAUCGCGCGAGAAACAACGCGCAGCACGCGAACUGCAGACGGAUAACCUGGACCUCAAACGACAGCGUGACGAGAUUCAGCCACGUAUUCGCUCUCUCGAAGAUCAGAGGAAAGAGGUUGAACGAGAGGUUGAGAGUCUUAGGUCGCAGGCUGGACAGCAGUCGAAUAAGCUGAAGAAAUUCUCGAAUGAUACCUGGAAGGCCUGGGAGUGGAUCCAGCAGAACCGGGAUAAGCUGACCGCCGAUGUUUUUGGUCCGCCUAUAGUGUCUUGUUCUGUCACCGACCAUCGUUUCUCCGACGCGAUCGAGUCAAUGUUCCAAAUGGGUGACCUCCUCGCCUUUACCGUUAGCAACCGGCAGGAUUUCGGUACACUGAGCAGGACCUUCCAGAGGAUGAACCUCAAUGACAUCCACAUUAAGGAAGCUGGCAGACCCCGCGACAGCUGGAAGCCAUUAAUGUCAAGUGAUGAGUUGAGACAGUAUGGUCUCAGUGGUUGGCUUAUCGACUACCUGAGUGGACCCGAUGCAGUACUCUCAACCCUCUGCGAUACCCUGAGGCUUCACCAGUGCGCCGUAACUCUUCAGGACCAUCGCGAUGAACAGUUUGAACGUCUCAAGACGAGCCCCAUUCAACGAUGGGUUGCUGGACAACGCUCGUAUCAGGUGUCGCGCCGACGUGAAUACGGAGACCAGGCUGUGUCGGUUGUCGUCAGGCAGGUCAGACGAGCAAGAGUCUGGACAGAUCAGCCUGUGGACAUUGGUGUUGAGCGCGAACACCAAACCAGAAUCCGGGAGAUCAACCGCGACUUGCACGGAUUCAAUGAAGCUAGCAGCGAUUUGACAAACAAAAUACGGGCGAACGCAGAAAAAAUCAGUCAGCUUGAGAGCGAAAGGCAAGACAUCGACAAGGAGAAGAAUGACCUACAGAGAAUUCGUGGCGAGUUCGAAGGCCUGCAGACGAAGAAAGAUACUUGUCAAAUGAGGCUGGAUGAAAUUUCCGGGGCGCUGAAUGAGAUGGAGCAACGGCUCGAGUCGAUCGACAAGGAGACUGACGAGCUCAUUUUGAAGAAGGGCCAGCUUGCGAUUGACUACGCUAAUUCAGCCAAAUCACUGCUUGAUCUUCACCACAGCGUGUACGAGGCCGAGAUUAUUCUAGCAGAGGCCAAGUCGGAGUUUCAAAUCUACGAAGAGAGGAGCCAGGCCAUCAGGAGAGAAAUCGCAGAACACGAGGAGAAUGUUCGAAGACUGAACGCGGAAAGGGAGCGCUGUAAGGAAGAGGCUCAGCAGCUGGUGCGUGAGGUCAACCGGAUCCACGCGCAGAGGACCCCCGAGGAGGAAGCAUUGGUUGAGCACAUCCAGGAAGGAAUCAGCCUGGAAGACCUGGAGGCGGAGAUCGAAAUUUUCCAGAAUCGUUUGACUCUUCUCCAUGGCGGCGACCCCAACGCAAUUCGAGACUUCGAGAGGCGUGCAAGGAGAAUUGAAGAAAUUGAACAGAGGCAGCGCGGUGCGGAAGCUGAGCUGGAGGAGCUACAGGGCAGGAUCGAGGACAUCAAGUCCCGAUGGGAGCCAGAACUGGAUACUCUUGUUCAGUCCAUCAGCGAAGAGUUCGCAAACAACUUCUCCAAAAUUGGAUGCGCUGGACAAGUCAGUGUUUACAAGGCAGAGGAUUUUUCGGAGUGGGCAAUCCAUCUGCAAGUCAAGUUCCGUGAACACGAACAACUGUCCCUUCUGGACUCCCAUCGACAAUCUGGUGGCGAGCGUGCGGUGUCCACCGUUUUCUAUCUCAUGGCUCUGCAAUCUCUCGCUCGCUCCCCAUUCCGAGUGGUCGAUGAGAUCAACCAAGGAAUGGACCCGCGUAAUGAGCGUAUGGUGCACGAGCGCAUGGUAGACAUCGCGUGCCAGGAACACACCUCACAAUACUUCCUUAUCACUCCAAAACUUCUCCACGGUCUGAAAUUCCACCCGCGGAUGACGGUACACUGCAUUGCCAGUGGAGAGUACAUGCCAACCGAUUACCGCGAGCUGGACUUCAAGGCUCUGGUAGAUGUAGCAUUGAAGGUGAAGGGCAAGGCUUAG